AUGGGAGAGGAUGCAACUGAACCCACAAUAGUUGAGAAACUGAUCGAGGUCAAGAUUGGAGAGAAGCACAAAACAACGUUCGUAUGGGCAGAUCUUCCUGCACAAGAACGUGAUGGUUUGAUUACAUUGCUGAGGGAAAACGCCGACGUUUUCGCAUGGAGUUUUGCUGAUAUGCCUAGGAUAGAUCCGAAUGUAGCCUUCCAUGGGCUAAAUAUCGAUGACAAGUUCCAUCCAGUUCAUCAUAAAAUCAGAAAUAUGGCGCAAAUAAAAAAAGAUGGUGUUACCGCAGAAGUCAGAAAGCUUUUGGAAGCAGGCUUUAUUCGACUAGUGCAGUAUCCACGCUGGCUGUCAAAUGUCGUACCCGUUCCAAAGAAGAAUGGGUAUAACCAAAUACCUUUAUUCGAGGAAGAUCAAGAUCAUACUGCGUUUGUGACUGACAGAGGAGUUUAUUGCUAUACCGUAAUGCCGUUCGGGUUAAAGAACGCAGGGGCGACCUACCAGCAUUUGGUAGACCAUAUUUUCAAGGAUCUGAUUGGGAAGUCGAUGGAAGUGUAUAUCGAUGAUAUGGUAGUGAAAUCUGAGCAAAAAGAGUCGCAUUUACUUGAUCUGCAUAAGACGUUCGAUAUCUUGAGGCAAUAUUGUAUGAAGCUCAAUCCAGCAAAAUGUUCAUUCGGGCUGUCAUCGGGAAAAUUCCUUGGAUACUUGAUGACGCACAAAGGAAUCGAGGCGAAUCUGGAACAAAUCAGAGCCAUCAGAGAGAUGUCAUCCCCAAGAACGAAGAAGGAGGUCCAGAAGCUAGCAGGACGAUUAGUAGCUUUAAAUCGUUUCAUUUCAAGCUCAUCGAAUCGAUUCAAACCAUUCUUUCAUGUUUUGAAGAAAGCGGUGAAUUUUUGUUGGACGGAUGAGUGCGAGAAAGCUUUCAAUGAGAUCAAACAGUAUUUGUCAACCCCCCCUCCCCCAGUUUUGGUGAGUCCAAAAACUGGACAACCCAUAGGAGUUUAUCUGGCUGCAACGGAGAACACUAUAAGUGCAUUGUUGUUUGUUAUGGAUCCACAUGAAAAGCCUGUUUACUUCGUCAAGAAGGGACACGCACUGGAUGCACUGCUAGCAGAUUUUCCUGUGGACGACAUAAAAACGGUUGUUGGAGAAGAAGAGGAGUUGUUCAAACCCAUAGAGUCAGCCACUGAUCAGACUGGGGGUGAGUCCUCAAUGGAGGUCGAUACACCUGAACCGUUAUGGACCGUAUUUACUGAUGGUUUAUCAAAUGUUGGUGGAGCUGGAGUUGGAUGUGUCAUCCUUACUCCCGAAGGUUCGAGGAUCGAGAAAGCAACCAGAUUGGGUUUUCAAGCAUCAAACAAUGAAGCUGAAUAUGAAGCUGCAAUUAUUGGUUUAAAGGCUGUCAAACAGUUAGAUGCGACGAACGUGAAUCUGGUAACUGAUUCCAUGCUAGUAGUUAACCAGUUUCUGGGGACUUACUGA